CUCACGUCAGACCCUCUUAACCGAGCGUGAUAGCGCUUGUGUUGAUGUCGGCCGCAGCUACCCGGUCCAUUUGGUAACAUAUCGGGACCAAACUUCAAGCCCCAAGAUGUUUUUGUCUGGUGCUGUUCGCUCUGCAGUUUCGCAGACGGCCAGGCAGGUCAGGAGUUUGCAUCAGUCUGCUGCUCGCGCUGGAGCUGGUGGCAUCUUUGUGCACAGAGAUACUCCUGACAACAACCCAGACACUCCCUUUGAGUUCACUGAGGAGAACAAAAAGAGGAUCGAGGCGAUCAUUUCAAUGUACCCUAUCGGACACAAGCAAGCAGCCACCAUCCCAGUGUUGGAUGUAGCCCAGAGGCAACAUGGAUGGCUUCCUAUUUCUGCCAUGAACAAGGUCGCUGAGGUGCUGGAAGUCGCUCCGAUGAGAGUGUAUGAAGUAGCGACAUUCUAUACGAUGUUCCUGCGUCAGCCCGUGGGAAAAUACUUCAUUCAGAUCUGCACAACAACACCCUGCAUGCUCUGCAACUCAGACAGCAUCCUGGAGGCCAUCCAAAACAAACUGGGUAUCAAGGUUGGAGAGACUACUCCAGACAAGAUGUUCACGCUAAUAGAAGUGGAAUGCCUGGGUGCCUGCGUGAAUGCUCCAAUGGUUCAGAUCAAUGACAACUAUUAUGAGGACCUCACACCUAAGGACAUUGAGGAAAUUAUUGAUGAACUUAUAGCAGGCAGAGUUCCACCACCUGGGCCCAGGAGUGGCCGUUUCUCCUGUGAGCCUGCAGGUGGAUUGACUUCUCUGACAGAGCCUCCUCCAGGACCAGGCUUCGGUGUAAGAGCCGACCUGUAGACUUUUUCGGGCCAUCAUCUGCUUUUCUCAAAAGCAACUCGUCGUCCCCUGAAGCAGAUAUUAUGCUUUACUCAGACAUGUUGUGUAAAUAAAUUGUUCAUAUACCUGUGC